GAUGAGACUAUGCCUACUUGAAUACAUUUUGCAGGAUCCCACCUUAGACAAUGACGGCAUAAAACUAAUUCCUGUAGAGAAUGGAGAUUACGUGUGUUUUCGUCGUUCAUAUGAGUAUGAUGCUGAACCUGAGGAAACACUUUUGCUAUUAUCAGCUGAUCAGCGAAGAGUAUUCCCAGGGCUCGAGCACAGAAUUGUCAAGACUGAAGGCCUUUCUGAACCAGCCUAUCAAAGUUUAAAAGAAAUUGCAACUAGUGAAAAAUAUCAACUAUGUUGUUUACAUUUGGAUGAUCUGCCCAUGUUGUUACAAUCAGUAAUAAAGCAGCAUUGCUAUCCUAUUGAUACAGACGGAGAAGCUGAGAUCAUUAAAGAUUCUCCACUGACCAUAGACUGGAUAACACGAGUAUGGACAUUGAUCAAUUCGUUUGAUCCGCAUGAUUUGGAACCCUUUGAAGAUAUCCACUUGAUACCUAGGAAAAAACCAGCAGCGAACAACUUGCAAACUAUUGCACAUUUACUUACUAUGAAAAAGUCGUAUCUGUUUUCUAGUUACGAAGGAUGUCCUAACAUUGCUAGCAAUAUACAGACUAUAUUAGAGUCCGUAGGAGUAGAAGUGAUACCAUACCCAUGCGAUGUACUUCGACCAUGUGAACAUCUUCUUAAAGGAAACUAUAUAAAGAUUCCAACUUUUGAUUCGUUGAUUCAGUUGUGCAAGAACAAUAAAGAUCUUCAAAAAAAGAUUCAAAGAAUUCUUGGGUUCAAACGCACUUUGGAAUUACCGAAUUCAGAAAUUACUAGUGCUACAUCAUUUGGACAGAAAGAAGACCUUACAACACGGAUAAAAGGGAUACUUAGUGAUCACCCAAUUGAUCAUUCGUUUCUAAAUGAACUUUUACAAAAUGCCGAUGACGCAGGAGCAACCGAAGUACAUUUUGUGUACGACAAGCGAAAUCACAACAAUAGCAACGACGGGAUAUUUGAUGAAAGAUGGGAACCACUUUUAGGACCCGCCCUUUGUGUGUUCAACAAUGCUUGUUUCACAGAAACAGAUAUUAAAGGAAUACAAGAAUUAGGAAUUGGUGGAAAAUGUGGAGACAAAUCAAAGGCUGGACAAUUUGGGUUCGGGUUUAACGCCGUUUACCACAUAACUGAUGUUCCAUCGUUUAUUACAAAAGGACCAGAUUCACCGGGAGGAGGGGUUUUCUGUGCUUUCGACCCUCAUUGCAAAUAUGCUCCAUAUGCACAUUACGACGAACCUGGAAUGAGAAUGAACUUGGAUGAACUCAUAGAAAAGUAUUCAUCAGUUUAUCGUUCUCAUAUUGGCGACGUACUUACGUCAGAUACUGGUACAUGGUUCCGUUUUCCUCUUAGAAACCAUUCUAUGAUGACAUCAUCAGAACUGCUGGUAACCGAAAAUACAGAUCCUGAAACAGAAACUCUACAGUUGAUUGAGUGUAUGGAAGAAACUAUAGUAGAAAGUCUAAUUUUUCUAAUGAAUGUAAACUGCAUUAAAAUUUCACAAAUAUACGAAAAAACUGAUAAUUUGGAAUUGAUCAAGAAGGCUGAAGUAAACCUCACACAGUCUGAUGCUAACACAAGAACCAGAUUUAAGGAUUCUGUAGGAAGAAGUAUACAACUUUUCAAUUCGUCAUCCACUUAUCAGUGUAGUGAGAUUGAAGAAUAUCGAUAUCGCAUGACAAUAAACGAGGAAAAUCAGCAUUACAAGACAUACUUAGUUGUUCAAGGUAUUGGUCUUCAAAAUGUUGAUCAAACAACAAGGAACGUUGUAAAUGAGGUAAAACGACUCCCAGUUGGAGGUGUCGCUGUUCUGGCAGACUCGUCCGAAAACAUAAUAGAGGACAAACGACCAAAAACCAAGUACAGGGUGUUUUGUACGCUACCACUUCCAUCAACAACGGGUCUCACUGUUCAUAUCAAUGGCCAUUUUGAGCUUGAUUCGUCUAGAAAACAGUUAUUUGAAUCUAGCCACUCAAGAAAACAAAACGAUAACAGAUAUCAAUGGAAUACAAUUCUAUUACAACAAAAUGUGUCUCAUGUUUAUGUGAGUUGCAUAGAAGAAUUGAAAUCAUUUUUAUUUCAAGGGUACGGAGACAAUGGGUUUAACAAAUUAGGAACGUUUUUGGCUCACUUUCCUGUCGAUAAUACCCAACACAAGUAUUGGCAAGAAUUGCUAUUCUAUUUCUAUCAAAUUAUAAAGGCACGAAGAGCAAGUUUGUUUCCUGUAAGUCCUGAAUACACUUCUCUCAUUAUUCAAGAUACACAAGGACCGUCCAAUCAUAUAAACAUUAAAUGGGUAUAUGAAGAAGAGUCAAAUGAUGUAUUUUUUGACGAUUUGGAUUCUCAAAUUACCGGCAGUGACUGGCAAGAUAGUGCAACUAAUGACACGGUGCAGGAAAAAGCAGAAAAAUUACGACAGUUUUUUGUCAACAUGGGCAUUAAACUUUCAUGUGGUUCCCAAGAUAUAGUAAAAAGCUUUUCUAAAACAUGUAAAAACCACAAUGGCAGAAAAAGACACCAUGUUUACUCUUCUUUAUCAACGUCUGACUUUGCAUGCGUUUUUAAAGAAAACAUCUCACCUAAAUCUGUAAGUGUGUUCAUGAAAAAGAAAUUUAACAAACUUUGUAGUAGUGAAUGGGAAACAGCAGUUAAAGUCAUACAAAUUGAUGAUAUAGAACUUUGCUUGGAAUACCUUCUUAAGUCACUAAAUUGGAAAGAUAUCGUAGGUCUUCCGCUUUUGUUGGCAGAUGAUGGUUUAGUUCAUCCAAUACAACUCAGGAAUGAAUUCUUUUUAUCUGAAUUUGAAGCCCUAUUGACUAGUUGUGAAGGAAGCUUUGUUCAUAGAAGCUUGGUACCAUCUCUUACAAAAUACAUAAAGGAAUGUAAAUCUUUAGAUUUGUUUAAAAAAUUAGAUUUAGACAAUUUUGCUACACUUUUAGAAAGAUCUCAGGACAAGUUCAGACUAAAAAGCGCAAAUAUUAUUGAUUGGAAUCAAAAGGAAACUCCAGUUGCAGGAAAAUGGAUCGACGAAGUUUGGACAUUACUUAAGUCCUUGCAAGAAGACGAUAAUGAUUUGAUUAUUCCAAACUCGUUACACAAUUGGUGUUUAAUUCCAGCCCUCUUUGGAACACACACAUUUCUCGUUCCACUAGGAAAAGGAUAUUGUGUGGUAGAUGAGAGAACAUUCGAGAGAGACGAAGGUUUUACAACGGUUAUAAAGAAAUUGCAAAUUCCAAAAUCUCUAAUAAAACCUGAUCUAAGAGAAAGUUUGUCUUUACUUGCGACUUACACAAAUGCAAAUAAAACAUUUGACUGUUUGCAAUACUGGAUGACCCAUCGAAAUGUUGAGUUAACCUCCCAUGAAUGUGCAAUUAUACUAGGUUAUUUUGGGCAAAACACUUGCAUCCUGUCAAAAGACCGCAUACGAGGUAUGAGAAAACUCAGUAUUUUUGAAACCAUAGAUGAUGGAAUAAAACAUUUAGUUCAUCCAAAUAUUGUUGUAACAGUAGUCGAUGCUGAAAUGCCUGUGCAAGGCUUGCAUGAUUUGUUCAACUUCAUAAAGGUAACAGUCCUAAAAUACAAUCCAGAUGCUGUCAGACUAUAUAGAGCUUUAAAACUAAGUGUUCCAUCGAACAAUGCAAUGGUAUAUCCAAUAUCAGAUCUAUACACUUCGUUGAUCUUGCCACAUAUUCACAAACUUAACACACCAAAUCUUAUGGUUCAUUUAGAAUAUAUACUAGAUAAAAUGUUGUAUGACAGCAGUAAUAUCAAGGAACAAAUGAGUAUAGUUAAAUUUAUUCCUCAAAAUAAUAAGCUGAAAAGUGCCUCAGAAUUCUUUGAUAGAAAUAUUAAACUAUUCAAACAAUUUUGCGAAGAGUCAGAAUUUCCACCAACUCCAUUCAACCAUAAAAAGUGGCUAACGCUACUUAAAGAAGCAGGAAUGAAAACAGAAAUAUUAGGAACAAUUUUAAUUAGCUUUGCCAGAAGAAUGACCAAAAUAGCUGCAACCAAUAUAGAACAUGACAAAAAAGCUAAGAAGUCCAAAACCUUAGUCAAAGAGAUAUUUUAUUUUAUUAAUAGCAAAAAACACAGUACACUUGAUGUCAAGGCAUUAAUUGAAGAAAUAAGAACAAUAUCCUUUAUUUUACCUCAGAAAAUAGGCGAUGAGUAUACUGCAAUACAUGCAGGAAAAGUAGGAGAUACCUUGAUGAGAUUUGAAGGGGUCCUGUCGGCCAACCGAUUUAAUAUUGUUUGGACAGUGCAGCAAACUUUACCAUUCUAUGCUAUGAGUGAUAAACCAAUUAGUGCACUGCUUGUAGAGCAAGCACCAAGUAUAAGAAGUGUUUUUCAACACACAGAAAAUAUCUGUGCUUCUCUCAGUAUCCCAUGGAAGGACGAGCAAAAUGAUUUAAUUGAAACAAUAAUGAAAGAUAUAUAUGAAUACUUUUGUGAUAAUUUUGAAGAUGAGUUUGAGAUCACCAGAAAAUUGUCAAGUGUACCGUUCGUUCAUGUUACGAAACACAAAAUGUUUGUUAGAGCUGAAAACAUCGUGAAAAAUCUAUCAAGUGGAAGUGAAAUAGUUCCUCAUCUUGUUCAAGCACCAGAGGAAUAUGCACCAUUCUACAAACUAUUUCGUGUUCUGGGAAUGACAGAUACACCUACAAUUAAGACAUACUCUAAAGUAUUGUCGUAUUUUUAUAUGGACUUUGGUAAAGGAAGAUUAAAUAUCGAGCAAAUUGAACAGGUAGAGAAAGCGACCAAAGGUCUUGUUCAAAUGCUUCAAACUACAUUGAUUGAUGAAAGUAAGAUUGAUAUCGAUGAAAGUCCGACUGAUAGCGAUGAAAGUCAGAUUGAUAUCGAUGAAAUUCAGACUGAUAUCGGUGAGAGUCAGAUUGAUGUCAAUGACCUAAUUUUAAUGACAACAGAUUAUCGUUUGGUUCCAUCUUCAGAAAUAUUUCUGGAAACUAGAGAUGACGAAAGACAAAGAAUAAUGAAGAAUGGAACUCUUAACCUGAUGGCAGACUUGACAAUAUUUUCUCUCAGUAAACGUCAGAUAGAGGAAAUAUUUAUGAAACUUCCAGAAAAGUUUCGACCUAUUUUUGCAGGUACUUCCAUUCAUGAAGAAGUUCUUUCCACUGAUGAAUUAGUCCUGAAUAGCGAUAUUGCAGAUAAGCUAAAGGAUUAUUUAACCAGCGACCACUUUUUAAAAGGAAUUUUGCGUCUUGCAAAGUACAACGCCUCGUCUAGAAAUAAGAAGAUGGAUGAAAGUUUACUUCUAGACAUUGAAUCAAAUUUAAAAACAAUUCAAAUUUGCAGUGUUACAAAUUUGCAAACUAGAUUAAGUCUGAACAAUAGAAGGUUAAACAAAACAGAAGUUUCAAAAAGAUGUUACCUAGAUAUGCGCAAGAAUAUUAUGUAUUUUACAUCUUUCGAUAUAGAUGCAGUCAAAUGGCUCUCAUUACAUGAUUUGCAGUUAGCCUCUGCAAUUCAACCGCUGUGGAAUGGAAAUAUUGAAAGGGAUCAAAUUUUAAAAAUAUUAUCAAAAAUUGACCUCAGUCCAUUGGAAUUUUCAAAACGCCUGGACGAUAUCGGAAUACCACCAAUGGAUGAAACUGGAAACAUUUCGUUUGUUCCUCUUCCAGGCUCACUUGUCCCAAAAGAUCUCGCUGAAAUUUUAGUUCCACUAGAGACUAAACUACCACUGAAGAGUUUUGUAGUUUAUAGAGAUUGGGAAUAUGAAGAUACAAAAAAUCAAAUAUAUCAACCAAAUACACAUCGCUAUAAAUACGGAGUAGUUAUAGAUGUCAUCUUAUCACACGAACAAAAUGCAGAAUGUUAUAAACUAAAUAUUGGUGGUUCGUCACCUAGAAAUAUGCCUAUUUCAAAAUUAUUUAUGAUAAAAGAAAUAUCAGAAAUAAACUCUUUAACUUUCCAGUUGAAUGACGAUGAAUACAGUCAUAGAAGCGAUUUAACUUUAGGUUCUGCUAUGCGGUUCAGAAUGAAUCAACAGCCAAAUCCACAGCCUGAUGAAGGGAAACGUUGGCUUCAACAAGCGAUAUACGACUUGGAAGUAGCAAAGAUGACGAAGAAAACGAUUGAUGCAGAGCUGUCAAAAGGCUACAACUGGAUAUGUAUUAUUUGUCAGCAGGCAGCAGAAAAGGCAUUAAAGGGGGCAAUGUAUACCAUUAAUGCUGAUGAGGUUCGUCGUGUCCAUAGCCUGACAGCGCAUAUACCGGAAGGAGAUACAGAAUUACUUCCCAUAGCUAGCCUACUUGAAAGCACUUUUGGGAGCAUUGAGAAGAUGAGAUAUCCUAUUUAUCGUGAUUUACCAGCAGAUUUAUAUGAAAAGGAGGAUGCACUGGAAGCUUUACACUUUACCGAACAAUUAAUCGAUGAAGUCCAAAAAAAAUAUAUUAACAAUCUUGAGAUGUAAUUCAAAUGUUUUGCUUCGACUGGGUUAACAAUAUUUUGUCUGGGUAACAAUAUGCCUGUCAGCUUUGUGUUAUCUAUAUAAUAUUGUACAUGUGUAUCUCAUAUUUGAAUAUUAUAAUUUAUUGACCGCAAUAAUGAAAAUGCUUACUUAGUUUUUUUUUUUAAAUGAAAACAUCCUAUAUAUUUCAUUAAUCAUGAAGUAUUUAUUUACAUUUUAUGAGUUAUAAACUAAGAACAAAAUAUAUAAAAGAUGUAGUAUGAUUGCCAAUGAGACAUCUCUCUAAAAGAGACCAAAUGACACAGAAAUGAACAACUGUAGGUCAACGAAUGGCCUUCAACAAUGAGCAAAGAUCAUACCACUAAGUCAGUAUAUUUUACUCCAAACAGUUUAAACCUAAAUUACAAAAAGCACUAAUUAUUUAUAUCGUUAUGGAAUAGUAUAUCUAUUAAGAUAUCGUUUCAAAGCUGCUAAAUAGGCCGUAGCGUUAAUAGUUCCAUAUGAAUACAUCCCUUUAUUAAAGUUCAUAUCAUCACUUAUUUUCCGCGUACAUUUCUAUCACAAAUCAAGUGGAUGGUAACCAAGAUGUAGUUGAUUAGUAGGAAAUUAUAAGCUAUUGUUGAUUAAUACUACAAUAUAGUUUUACAAAGGUUCUGUUGCAUGGAAAUUUUUGUGCUUAAACGGUUUUUUUUUACUGUGUUUGUUUUAUUUGUUUGUUUGUUGUAAUUUACAUGCAUUAGUUUGUUAUUUUACUCAUUUGUUUGUUUAUGAACAACAUACAUCAAUGUUUACAUUUUUUGUUUAGGCUCAAUUUUUAUUUCUGUGUUCAAUAUAUUUUUAAACAGAUGAUAAAUAUUUAAAAGAGAUAUUUUCAGGCAAGAAAAAACUAAAGCAAUCAAAGUUACUGUUA